AUGCGGCCGCUCCUGACCUUGCUCCUCCUGGGCCUGGCAACAGGCUCAGCCCCGCUGGAAAACAACAAGAUCCCCAGCCUGUGUCCCGGGUACUCCGGCCUUCCAGGCACGCCCGGACACCACGGCAGCCAGGGCCUGCCUGGCCGUGAUGGUCGAGACGGCAUGCCUGGGACUCCCGGCGAGAAGGGCGAGGUCGGGAAGCCGGGACUCCCUGGGCCCCGUGGGGAGCCCGGGCCUCGGGGCGAGGCAGGGCCCAUGGGGGUGGCCGGACCUGCAGGAGACUGUGCAGUGCCCCCACGCUCCGCCUUCAGUGCCAAGCGCUCUGAGAGCCGGGAGCCCCCCGAGUCGGAAGCGCCCCUGCCCUUCGACCGCGUGCUGAUCAACGAGCAGGGCCACUACGACCCUGCCACGGGCAAGUUCACCUGCCAGGUCCCCGGAGUCUACUACUUCGCUGUCCACGCCACUGUCUACCGCGCCAGCCUGCAGUUCGACCUGGUGAAAAACGGCCAGUCCAUUGCCUCUUUCUUCCAGUUCUUCGGGGGAUGGCCCAAGCCCGCCUCACUCUCCGGGGGUACCAUGGUGAGGCUGGAGCCCGAGGACCAGGUGUGGGUGCAGGUGGGUGUGGGUGACUACGUUGGCAUCUAUGCCAGCAUCAAGACAGACAGCACAUUCUUGGGGUUCCUGGUCUAUUCUGACUGGCACAGCUCACCUGUGUUCGCCUGAUGCCCCUAAGUCAGUGAUGGCUGACCUUUUUGAGCCCGAGUGUCCAAACUGCCGCACAAAACCAAAGAAUUCCCUCAAAAGUGCCAGCACGUCAAUUAAACCUUAAUAACAGGAUUUU